AUGGCGGUGGUUUCUGGACCUGUGACACCGGGACAGGUGUCAUUUUUGCUUGGAAUCAUCCCAGUUUUUAUUGCAUGGAUAUACUCUGAGUGCUUGGAGUAUAAGAAGUCAUCAUCCCCAUCUAAAUUUCAUUCGGAUAGUAAUCUGGUUGAAAUGGAAAAUGCCUCAAUAAAGGAAGAUGACCGAGCUGUGUUGUCGGAAGGAGGUCUUACAAAAUCAGCCUCCACAAAUUUGUCCACUCCAUCAAUUAAAACAAACUUAUUUAGGUUUCUGACGAUGCAUCACUCAUUUUUGCUUGAAAAUCGACAAAUUUUGAGAGCAACGUCUGAGUUUGGUGGAGUUUUAUUCUACUUUUACAUAUGUGACCGUACAAACUUGUUUCCGGAUUCCACCAAGAGCUACAAUCGCGAUCUUUUCCUUUUUCUCUACAUUCUUCUUAUCAUAACGUCAGCAAUUACUUCUCUGAAGAAACAUACUGACAAGUCAGCAUUUUUUGGGAAAUCUAUACUUUAUCUUAAUCGCCAUCAGACUGAGGAGUGGAAAGGAUGGAUGCAGGUUCUGUUUUUAAUGUACCAUUAUUUUGCUGCGUCGGAGAUAUACAAUGCAAUUCGAGUUUUCAUUGCUGCUUAUGUUUGGAUGACUGGCUUCGGAAAUUUCUCCUAUUAUUACAUUAGAAAAGAUUAUAGUGUUGCACGGUUCGCUCAGACGAUGUGGAGGCUAAACUUUUUUGUGGCAUUUUGUUGUAUUGUUCUUAACAAUGAUUAUAUGCUAUACUACAUCUGUCCAAUGCACACGAUCUUCACUCUUAUGGUGUAUGGGACCCUUGGUAUUGGCCACAACUAUAAUGAGAUAAAAUCAGUAAUGGUUCUUAAAAUUUUGAUGUGCUUUCUCGUGGUUAUCUUGGUAUGGGAAAUUCCUGGAGUUUUUGACCUGGUUUGGAGUCCCUUCACUUUUCUAUUAGGAUAUACUGAUCCUGCAAAACCGAAUCUUCCUCGACUGCAUGAAUGGCAUUUUAGAUCUGGGCUUGACCGUUAUAUCUGGAUCAUUGGAAUGAUCUACGCCUAUUUUCACCCCAAUGUUGAGAAGUGGAUGGAGAAACUGGAGGAGUGUGAUGUGAAGUGGAGACGCUCAAUCAAAACAUUGGUUGUGAUAGUCUCCUCAAUUGUUGGCUAUUUGUGGUAUGAAUUUAUAUACAAGUUGGACAGGGUUACAUACAUCAAGCUCCAUCCAUACACGUCAUGGAUUCCCAUAACUGUUUAUAUUUGUUUGCGGAAUUCUUGUCAGCAGCUCCGGAAUUUUUCAUUGACCCUUUUUGCGUGGCUUGGCAAAGUUACUUUGGAAACCUAUAUUUCCCAGUUUCACAUCUGGCUAAGGUCAAACAUGCCAAACGGACAGCCUAGAUGGCUACUUUCUUUGAUCCCAAAUUAUCCUUUGCUUAACUUCAUGCUGACAACUGCCAUUUACAUCUUGGUAUCAUAUCGGGUUUUUGAGCUGACCAACACACUGAAGUCAGCUUUCAUACCCACAAGAGACAAUAAGAAGCUACUUUACAAUUUUGUUGCGGGAGCUUCCAUCUGUGGGUGUUUAUAUUCCAUUUCAUUCAUUCUUCUUCGAAUCCCUCAUUAA